AUGGCUGCCCCAUCCAGCAAGCCUGUACAGGCGCCAAAAUCCACUACCUCACCCGCUUCGUCCACCAAUGCGACAGCUCGCCUCGAAAAGGCCCAUCCAGGCGUUCGUCGCUCAACCCCCGACUCAGAUGCUCUGGCUUCUUCGGAUGAUGAUGGAGACCACUCUCAGCAGACGCAACCCCCGACCUCCUCUGUGUCCAUCCCCAAGCCCGGUCGCCGUACGUCCUGGUUGAACGAAGUCCCUCCACACGUUACCCGCAAGUCUUCUUUGACAACUACUGCCCCUCUGUCGUCGGGAACCUCCAACCCAACUAGCCCCGCAACUGAUCAGUCUGUGUGGAGCACGAGUCCAGGUUUGGGUGGCUCGAUCGCGUGGAACCACGUUGGAGGUAGCUCAUUCCCAUGGGGUACGGGUAUUUGGAAUUCUGAGUCUCGCAAAGAACCACCCCCUCGCCUCUCAGAGAUCGUUCCGUCUCCCACUACCUCGAAUACUUAUCUGGCGGAUGAGUUAUUGAGCCCGACCGCCCGCACUUCGUCCGGGGAUGCGGGUAUCCCAUUUUCCAUUCCUCUUCACCCAACUCCCAAGACCUACCGGUCCCAAUCAUACUCAGUGGGCCAACUGGACCCCGAAUUUCUAACCCUGAUGGCCAACAAGUCGGGAGCAGCUCAGGCGGCGCCGUAUCCCAAUGCGCGUCCUCGCAACAGUGUUAGCCAGCUGUCCGCCUUGCAGCAUCGUUCAUCGCGUCCCAGUCUUCUAGGUGAACUGGGCCACGACCCUGCUACGCUUGACCGUGUGCGUGAAGACGAAGAUGAUGAAGAUGAGGGCAGCGCCAACGGCUCAGACGGCAGCAUGAACUAUACCGUCAACCAAGCGCGCACCAUUGAGCAGCUUUCCAGGGAGAAUGCCCUCUUGCGCCAGGCGGCUAUGGACAACAGUAUGAGGGACCGUCGCGGAUCAACUGCAUCUGCGAACGGUGGAUAUGCAGUUGGUGGCGCACCUCGUAACUUGCAUGCUAUUCGUGGAAACGUGCCUGAAGUGACAGAUUUAGACGUUAACGAACUUGAUGAGCUCCGCGCCAUCCAUGGAUACAACAACCUUGGCGGUCCGAAGAGGCGCUUCUCCGAACACUCUGCUAAUCUGGAAAAGCAGUUUUCUGGGCUUGCUCCUUUGGAAAACCGUGCUUUAGAAAAUGUUCGAAAGGCUCAUUGGCAGACUUCCCUUGGUUUUGACAGCAUCCCAGAGAUCCCCCAGAGUCGCCGCCACUCCUUUGCGGAUAUUCCCAUGCGACACACCUCCAUCAGCUCCGCUGCUGGUGAUUCGCAGACCCCAGUGAACAUUAGGACUGGAUUAGGAGGCCCGGAGGACGAACACAUCCAUAUCGCCGAUGGUCCCCUUGUGAAUGCCCCAGGACAGACCCCAUCGUAUUUUUCCCACGAGCAAAGCCUCCGCAUGGCCGACGAGGCGCGUCACCCUACAUCUCUACACUCGACCUACUCCCUCCCGCAUCACGGCUAUGGUCGCCACCAGCCCCCUCUUGCGCAUUUCCACCAGAACCAGCUUCUCUACAUUGUGACCUUCAAGUGUCACCGCGCGGAUGUCUUUUACAUUCAGGAAGACACCGGCCUUCAGGUGAAGCCGGGCGAUCUGGUCAUUGUCGAAGCGGACCGUGGCACGGACCUGGGAACCAUCCAGCACGCCAACGUUUCGCUGCAAAAGGCCCGUGAGCUCAAGCAGCAGUACGCGGAAGAGCACUACAAGUGGUUGAUGAUGUUCUCUCGCCAGGGCCAGAAUGGUGGUGCCAACGUCGUCGAUUCGUCUGGAAACCUCCCCGGUCUGAAUGGCAGAAGCGCUAUUGGUGGCAUGGGUCCUCAUGGUUCUCACGGAUCGCAGGAGGCGCCUGCUGACAUCAAGCCGAAACUGAUUAAGAGACUGGCCCAAAAUCAUGAGAUUUUGACGCUUCGUGACAAGGAAGGGAACGAGGCGAAGGCCAAGCGGGUCUGCCAGCAGAAAGUUGUGGAGCACCGUCUUAAUAUGGAGAUCUUGGAUGCUGAAUUCCAGAUGGACUGGAAGAAGCUUACGUUCUAUUACUUUGCGGACUCGUACAUCAAUUUCAACUCGCUUGUGACUGAUCUUUUCAAGAUCUACAAGACCAGAAUCUGGAUGUCGGCUAUCAACCCCGCGUCGUUUGCUACUCCGCCUGGCGUUGGCUUGCCCUCUUCGGGUAGCAUGAGCAAUCCCCUGUACCAAGAGGCGCAACCAGACCGGCGUCAUCAGCACGAUGCACGCCCUUACGGCAAUGGUCGAGACCGUGAUUUCCUCGCCAACGAAAUGCUGCGCAACCCUUACGCAGACAAUUAUCAGUCAUUCGGCCAGGCCCCUCGCCAUCCUGAAGCCGGCCUUGGUGGAUUUGGCAUGCAAGGCCAACCCGAUCCGUUCUCCGCCUACGGCCCUACAGCCUAUGGCCCGAUGGAGACGGGGUUUGUCGACUAUGCGGCUUCCCCUCGCAUGCCUCCGGCCGCCGGUGACUGGACCAGCCGAUUCCAGGGCCUGUCACUUGGCUCUUAA